GCGCGCCUAAAGGCCGGUGCUACCGCUGUCACAGCCGUGUCCGGUUACAUCAGAGUCGAUUUGGAGGACGUCGAUUCUACGGACCGGAUGAAUUGACCGCGCUAAGUGUGCCCUCAGAUCUCGACUGUCCAGGAGUGUAUAUGGACCUAUUGUUGUAUCCGAACACCAGCAGGAACGACGCCGCGUAGAUCCAUGCCUCGGCUUAUUCUUGGUUAUUACCCCUCGAGAUGCGCCUCGAGCUAGGCUGCUACAGAACUUCAUUAGGGAUUACAUUAUCCUCGCUCCAUCUCCUUGUCUGCUUCUCGUUCUUAUGUACCCGUACCUCCUGGACAACCUCACUCUUCUGCAGCAGUUCGUCAACCCGUGUCCUGAAGAACUAGCAGGUGCGCCGUCAUCAACAGCAAGAAAUUCAAACACCAGAACACGAUGUGGUCCUGGACCAUCUUAACCUUGAGCCUUGCCGGGAUGGCAUUGCCCGUCGCAAGCCAGUCCGCGCUGCCAGCCCAGAGAGAAGCUGGAGUGUCCGCGUACCCGUUUGGUAUGUCCUCGGUCUCGCUGACUGAGAGUCGGUGGAUGGCCAACCAAAACCGCACCGUCAAUUAUCUGAAGUGGGUAGAUGUAGAACGACUGCUCUACAACUUCAGGGCCAACCACCGUUUGUCAACCAAAGGAGCCACGGCAAAUGGCGGGUGGGAUGCCCCCAACUUCCCCUUCCGCACCCAUGCCCAAGGACACUUUCUCACGGCGUGGGCUCAAUGCUAUUCCACCCUCGGCGAUGUCGAGUGCCGCAACCGAGCAACAUACUUUGUGGCUGAACUUGCCAAAUGCCAGGCGAAUAACGCUGCCGCCGGUUUUGGAGCCGGAUACCUCUCAGGCUUUCCUGAGUCCGAGUUCACCGCCCUGGAAGCCCGGAGGCUCAGCAACGGCAACGUCCCAUACUAUGCGAUCCACAAGACCAUGGCCGGGUUGCUCGACGUUUGGCGCCACGUCGGAGACAAUAAAGCGCGUGACGUCCUGCUCGCGCUUGCCGGGUGGGUUGACUCUCGCACCAGUCGGCUCAGCUACGACCAGAUGCAAGCCAUGCUGGGCACCGAGUUUGGCGGUAUGAACGAUGUCCUCACAGAGAUUUACCUCGAGACGGGCGACAAGCGCUGGCUUACCGCCGCGCAGAGGUUUGACCAUGCGGCUGUGUUCAACCCGCUGGCAUCUGGCCGGGACCAGCUCAACGGCCUUCACGCAAACACUCAGGUGCCUAAGUGGAUAGGCGCUGCGCGCGAAUUCUUUGCAACGGGGACUACCCGCUACAGAGAUAUUGCCAAAAAUGCCUGGAACAUCACAGUUGGCGCCCAUACCUAUGCCAUUGGCGGGAACAGCCAGGCAGAGCACUUCCGUCCGCCAAAUGCCAUUGCUCAAUAUCUGAACAAGGAUACCGCCGAGGGGUGCAACACCUACAACAUGCUGAAGCUGACUCGGGAGCUGUGGAGGAUGGACCCGGGCAGCACGGCCUAUUUCGACUAUUACGAGCAAGCGCUGCUAAACCACCUCCUUGGCCAGCAGAACCAAGCCGAUAGCCACGGUCACAUCACCUACUUCACCCCGCUGAACCCGGGCGGCCGCCGUGGUGUUGGCCCAGCGUGGGGAGGCGGCACCUGGAGCACCGAUUACAACUCCUUUUGGUGCUGUCAGGGCACAGGGAUCGAGACCAACACCAAGCUGAUGGAUUCCAUCUAUUUCCACGACGAUUCGACGUUGUUCGUUAAUUUGUUCACACCCUCAGUCCUGAAGUGGUCGCAGCGCAAUAUCACGGUUCAGCAAACCACGGCAUUCCCGAUUGACGGUAAGAUCCUGCUAACCAUCCAGGGCGGACGGAGCGGAGGCGACGAGUGGACGUUGCGCAUCCGGAUCCCGUCGUGGACUCCCAAAGCAGAAGUCAGCGUCAACGGCGAGAAAGUCCAAAGCAUCAGCACAACACCGGGGUCAUAUGCCUCUGUCAAGAGGGUCUGGCAAUCGGGAGACAAGGUUGAAAUCCGACUGCAGAUGAAGCUACGGAUUGUGCCAGCCAACGACAAACCCAGCGUCGCGGCUGUCGCUUACGGUCCCGUGAUUCUCUCCGGCAACUAUGGCAGCACUUCGUUGUCCUCGAUGCCGACGCUCGCGUUGGGUUCGUUGCGCCGGAAGAGUACGGGUAGUCUGGCGUUUACUGCUACCGCGGAUGGCAAAUCGGUUGAGCUGGGCCCGUUUUAUGAUGCGCAGGGGUUUAAUUACAAUGUGUACUGGGCGACUAGCGGGCAGUUGCCGGCAGAUGUAUAGAUAGCAUGAUGAAUCGGAUGACGGUUGGGGGUUGUGUCCCGGGUGGUAGCUUGUUCUUGUGAAGAUUCCCAGGGAGCCCGGCGUGUAUAUAUGUAUUCCAGAAGCCGGUAUUCUUUAAGUUAUGGCCGAGUGGCGGCCCGCGGCGUCGCGUCCAUACUGGGAUCUCUUGACAAGG